ACACACACACACACACACACACUGGCUGAUGAAUGACCGACUGACGAAUGCGAGAGGACGAGGAGAGGAGACUGGAGGGACAGACACACUGUACACACAGUGAGUGUUGUAGAAGAUGUUGCAAUGGGAAUCCAGUGGUUGAGAGACGUUGUCCAACAUGACAAAGGGACAAGUCGACGAAUGCAAUCUGGUUUUGCAGGAACUUAAUGUUCAAGUCGCGGUUUUCCGGGACCUGGUCAUCUCCAUCGGUAAUUUUUCCUACGAUUCUCUGAGUGUCCGCAGAGCCAUCCGGUCAGUGCGGUGCCUUUGUAAAGAUUUGGUCAGAAAAUCGCACUGUGCGACUUCGCCCCUCUAUAGUCUUGAAGAUGAAGACUUGCAGCCUAGUAUUUGCAGACUUCACAUCCUGUUUUAUGGCUGUUUGGAGAUGUUUAUAACCGAAAUGCUUAAAUCAACGUUCCUAAUGGAAUCUUUUCAGCUUCGAAAAUCAGAGCAAAUAAUGUGCCCUGUUCCUGGAUUGCCUUAUGACAGAGAAGAGGAAAAUUCACAGGUCCCGUUCCUGGAAGAUGUGACAUGCUCAUCGUCUUCUCAAGAGCUAAACAUGUCCAGUAGUCACCUGGAUACAACUUCAGAAAUCGAAUCUACAGAAAGUGACAUACAGGAAAUGAGAUACCUUCUGAGAAAACUUAGAGAUUCAAUGCCGCAACAUCUUAGAAUACAGGAUGAGGACGAUAUACUGACCAUAUACCCCAAAAUUCGGAAGAAGAGAAAGUGCGCAUUGUGCUGCGUGAAGAAAUGAAAAGAACGGCGUCUGUGUUCGCAUUCCAGUCCACGGAUUUCUCCCCGUAAACUCUUUGCACCUCAGAAAUGGAAUUGUGCUCUGGCCGUGGGGUGUUCACUUUUGAUGAAGACAUUUCUUUCGUCAUGAAACCUUCUCUGAACCAAGAAGCCGUAUUAGCAACUUUAAAAGUUGGGGCAGUGUUGAAAGAUGACCCGCAAUGCAGGAUAUGCAUUUAUUUUCAAACCUGUCUGUUUUGAGCAGACUGCCACGUUGGGCCAGCUAUAAGAACGCUAAUCAGUCUCAGGUCCCUGGGCUGGGUGGGGAGAAUAUGAACCAGUUACUCCUGUUUGCCACCAAUUAACCCCAGAAAGUGGGUCUGGGCAGAUGCUUAAGAGAUAUCCUAGCCUGCUGACAUACACACACACACACACACACAGUUUGUGCUCAGAUAACAAGACAUUUGAGUGAGAUAUCAGCAGUCAGAUAGCAACCAUAGAAUUGUACCGGUCGAUGAAUCCAUCUUCAGAAGAGAUUUUUAUUUUAAAAAAUUGCUAUCUGUCAUAUAAGAUAGCAGUACACAAUUGGGCACUCAAUGAUACAGUUGUUAAAACAUUAGCUAGCGUACCUCUGUUUAACACCGUGUUGGAUAUCUAGCUUACUGCUGUUUAAUGCUGUGUUAGAUGGGUUUUGUGUAUGUAGUGUCACACUGAACUGUAAAGUAACUAUUUUUCUUGUCGAGUGAAGACUAGAUUUAUUUAUUUUGAAGAUUUUAGCAACUUCACUACAAACUUUAGAGCAGCAUCACAGUGGUCAAAGUCUAGUCUGUAGAAAUAUGCUUUAGGAUAGCUAUAGAGCAAAAUGCAAAAAAAAUAAACUGGAUGUCUCAAUAAUUUCCAA